ACAUACAGAAUUUCAGUGAAGGCUUCGGCGUAAUUGACGGAGGCUUCACGGCGGCCGAGGACCGUUCACAACAAAGGCGAGAGGCAGAUUUUUAUUUAGUCAACACAGUUUCAUCAGAUAACCGCUAAAUUAUUCAGAGUCAGAAAUAGAAAAAACGACCGCUAUCGUCGUGCUAAUUGGAUGGCAUUUGUGGGGGCAUAACUUUUGCCCUGCUGAAUCCUGCCCCUCGACAGAACCUGCUCGCAGUAGGCCGACAGCAGUUGGCGGAGGGAGCCGGAAGCCCCUAGUGUUCCUGGAGGAAGUCUGUUUCUUUCCUCACAAGCUCCUGCAGAGAGAAGCGCACCAUGUCAGCUAUUUGCGGGCCAACAGGCUGAAGAGGUCUGAUCGUUCUGGAGAGCUGGAAAGCGAGAGAUGGGGAACACAGCCACCAAGUUCCGUAAGGCACUGAUCAAUGGCGAUGAGGUUCUGGCCUAUCAGCUCUAUGAGGGAAACCCUCAGUUCAAAGAGUCUCUAGACCCCAACACCUCAUAUGGGGAACCGUACCAACACAACACCCCGCUCCAUUAUGCUGCCAGACAUGCCAUGACACGCAUACUCAGGUCCUUCCUCUUCAGCAAGGAUGGGAACCCCAACAAACGUAACGUGCACAAUGAGACCGCACUGCAUGUGUUGUGCAUGGGCCCGCAUAUCCUGCUAUCUGAAGGGGCGCUGCAGCCGCGACUGGCCCGGCCCUAUGAAGAUGAACGCAGGCGGGCUGAGUGCCUCCAGAUGAUCCUAAAGUGGACUGGUGCUAAACUGGAUCGUGGUGAAUAUGAGAGUGCAGACGUCAGUGCCACCGAUAACAAAAAGAACACGCCAUUACACUAUGCUGCUGCCUCAGGGAUGAAGACGUGUGUAGAGUUUCUGGUGAAGCGUAGUGCAGACCUGUUUGCGGAGAAUGAGAACAAGGAGACCCCAUGUGACUGUGCAGAAAGGCAGCAUCAUAAGGAGCUUGCGCUCAGUCUGGAGUCUCAGAUGGUCUUCUCCACUGACCCCCAUGCUGAGGAUAUCGAGGCAGAGUAUGCAGCCUUAGACCGCAGGGAGUUUUAUGAAGGUUUGAGAGUGCAGGACCUCAGGAGACUGAAGGACAUGCUGAUAGUGGAGACGGCAGACAUGCUGCAAGCUCCUCUCUUCACCGCAGAGGCUCUUCUUCGGGCUCACGACUGGGACAGGGAGAAACUCCUGGAAGCUUGGAUGUCUAACGCUGAAGACUGCUGCCAGCGCUCAGGUGUUCAGAUGCCCACUCCCCCGCCUAGGGGCUACAACACCUGGGACACCCUUCCCUCACCCCGUACGCCUCGCACCACUCGCUCAUCCAUCACCUCUCCGGACGAGAUCAGCCUAACCCCUGCUGAUGAUGAUCGCUCGCUGUGCGGCAUUUGUAUGUGUGCAGCCUCCAUGUUUGAGGAGCCUGUUGAUAUUCCAUGUGGUCACGAGUUCUGCAGAGCAUGCUGGGAAAGUUUUCUGAAUCUGAAGAUCCAGGAGGGGGAGGCCCAUAAUAUCUUCUGCCCAGCCUAUGACUGCUUCCAGCUGGUUCCUGUUGAGGUCAUUGAGAGCAUUGUGUCCAGAGAGAUGGACAAACGUUAUCUGCAGUUUGAUAUCAAGGCAUUUGUGGAGAAUAAUCCUGCCAUCCGGUGGUGCCCGCGGGCUGGCUGUGAUAGAGCGGUGCGAUUGGCUGGGCAGGGACCAGGUGCCAGCACCUCUGACCCGCUCAGUUUUCCUCGCCUCCAGGCCCCUGCGGUGGACUGUGGAAAAGGCCAUCUCUUCUGCUGGGAGUGCCAAGGAGAGGCCCAUGAACCAUGUGACUGCCAAACUUGGAAGAUGUGGCUUCAGAAAGUCUCUGACAUGAAACCAGAAGAGCUGGCAGGUGUAAGUGAGGCGUAUGAAGAUGCUGCCAACUGCCUGUGGUUACUCACCAACUCCAAAUCUUGUGCCAACUGCAAAUCUCCCAUUCAGAAGAAUGAGGGCUGUAACCACAUGCAAUGUGCCAAGUGCAAGUAUGAUUUCUGCUGGAUCUGUCUGGAAGAAUGGAAAAAACACAGUUCCUCUACUGGAGGAUACUACCGUUGCACACGAUAUGAGGUCAUUCAGCAGGUGGAGGAGCAGUCUAAAGAGAUGACUGUUGAGGCAGAGAAGAAACACAAGAACUUCCAGGAAUUGGAUCGCUUCAUGCACUAUUACACACGCUUUAAGAACCACGAGCACAGCUACCAGCUUGAAGAACGCCUGCUUAAGACAGCCAAAGACAAGAUGGAACAACUGAGCAAAGUUCUGAGUGGAAGAGAAGGAGGCCCUCCAGACACUACUUUCAUUGAAGAUGCAGUGCACGAACUACUUAAAACUCGUCGUAUUCUCAAGUGCUCUUACCCUUACGGGUUCUUUCUGGAGCCCAAAAGCACAAAGAAGGAAAUAUUUGAACUUAUGCAGACUGACUUGGAAAUGGUGACUGAAGAUCUUGCACAGAAAGUCAACCGGCCUUACCUCCGCACACCUCGUCAUAAGAUAAUCCGCGCCGCCUGCCUGGUGCAGCAAAAGAGGCAGGAGUUUCUGGCAUCUGUGGCAAGAGGUGUGGCACCCAACGAUUCACCUGAAGCCCCUCGACGCAGUUUUGCUGGUGGAACAUGGGACUGGGAGUACUUGGGUUUCGCCUCUCCCGAGGAGUAUGCCGAAUUCCAGUACAGGCGCAGACACAGGCAACGCAGGAGAGGAGACAUGGCCAGCCUCCGCAGCAACACACCCGACCCUGAUGACCCAAACCACAGCACUUUAGACACUCAAGAAAUUGGUGGUGGUCAGAGACAGGGUCUACCCAUGCCUCACAGUUCCCUGGAUGAGGAUGAUCCGAAUAUCCUCUUGGCCAUCCAGCUGUCUCUGCAGGAGUCUGGGAUGACUGCAGGCCUUGCUGGCGUUGAUGCUCAAGAGAUCCUUGCUAAUGAAGCAUCUCUGGGGGCCAUUGGAACAUCCCUGCCCACACGGCUGGACCCGGUGCUGUGCGGGAUAGAUGUGCCCCGUGCUGCCCUAAGCAGCUCUGAGCUGCUAGAGGUGGGUGACAGCCUAAAGAAGCUGGGUAAUAUCAGUGGCCAGAAUGUCCCUCUACGUUUCGACAAUCUCAACAAUCCUUCCUGUGAGUCUGCAGAGGAUCCCUUCCAAGCUCCUUCGGGACGUAUGGAAACCUCUGAUUUCGGUUCAGACAACGCCAACCUUCUAGGCAACAUCAUGGCUUGGUUUCACGACAUGAAUCCGCAGAAUAUCAGUUUGGUUCCUUCAGCCGGUGCAACUCACCAGGAAUUCGCCGCUCAGUCGGCGAGGAUGAUGUCAGAGCAGACCGAGUGCGCCAUUCCACAGUGGACAACAGGGGGUAAUACAGAGGCGGAGCACGAGUUUGACUCCGGUAUCGUCGUGGGAGAGCGUGAGCCUGUCAGGCCGACACAGCUAGACCUAGUAGGUCUUGAUAUGUGUCCGGUACCUCCUUCAUCCAUUGAGUUGGGUGAAACUCCGAGCGGUUCAAACCCGUGUCGCUCCGAUACCCCAAAAUGUGACUCCGACCCCGACCAGCCUAGCAGUAGCUCCUCUGAAUGGGAGGGUCAAGUACACCUUGUAUGAAAGAUUGACUUCACCCACUAGUUAAGCCACUUAUCUGAUGAAGUAGCUGCCGGAUUCCAAACCCGGGGAACAAGAUUAAUCCUGACGAGAAGCUUUGUAUUGUCAGAUAUGUAGAAAUUGAAACCGAGAUAUGUAAAGAGGUCGUUUUUGAGUACUCAUUCAGUACUCGUGUGUUUUAGGCCUUUGUGCUUACGAGGCAUGUGUUCUUUGCUCACUAAAAACUCUUUCCGAUCCUGGAGUGUUAAACACUUUUAAAAGAGUCAGCAACUGAACCAGAAAGAGAUAUGAAGACGAGGCGGGAAGUGAGGUAGCCAGAAAAAUCUACUGUAUAGAACAGGAUAGUAUUGGGUGCGAGUUCCUGUUCAUCUGAUUAUAAAGGAUGUAAAGAUACUGUAGGUGCCAAAAACACUGGCUUGUACACGCCGUGUGGACGGUGUGCUGAUCGUGCCUGCUGCUGAGGGCCUAGUCGCCCUGUUGAGUACACUAUCCUUCCUUUAAACUAGACCUGUAGUAUCAGAGAAGUACACAUCAGCAUCACACUCAUAAGAGUUGUGAGGCUGAUAAUCACAGAAACUAAAAGAACAGUAAUUCUAGUUGCAGUCAACACUUCUUUUUCGAUCAAACGUAAUCACUGUAAUCCGUCAUUGAUUAAUUAGAACGGAAAGUACCGGCAAGGUUAAACUUGGAUCAGGACUGCCGCACCGGCUCUAGAAAACGUUUUCUCUUUGCAACUUAUCACAGUGCCUUUUCUGUGAAACUUCUCUUUAUUUAUAGCCGCGCUCAGAGCCCAGAGUGUGGGAAGUUCCAAUACACAUUGUACUUGUACUUUCAGGUGGCGAUUAAGCAAACUGAGCUCAAUGUUUUAUAAAAGACAUUUUUAUAUAUGUUCGGUUCCUUUCGCAUGCCUCUGGCCCCUUCCCCCAGGGUGUUUUUAAAGCAAUUAUUUAAAAACAAAAAAGCGAAAGAAUGAAUAAACACAUUCGCGGAUUAUAUCCAUCUAUAUUUAAUGACAUACUAAACGUGUGUUAAGAUGUGAUAUCCACGUGGAAACAGUGUGUAAAAAUCAAAUUCUCAGAUUUAAAAUGUCAGAUAAAAAUCCAUAGAUGUGGUCCAGGUGCAUCUCUGAUAGAAAAUUAUGAAUAUGUUUAUUUUGCUUUUGUUUUUUCAAGAUGCACCACUUUUCAAAACCAUGUUUUCUCCUCAGAAUAUCUAAGGUCUCGUCUAUGGAUCUUUCGGUAGAGGCAGACGCGUCUCAAUGUGGUGGCCAGAAGCUGUUUUAGCUGCAGAUUUACAGUACGUUUCUACACACGGUGGAGCUUACCCACAAUUACGAUUUUUUUUUUUACGAUUAAUUUAACUGUGGUAUUUCUCUACAAUAAAUUAUGGAAAUUAUUUUCUAUUUAUUUGAAAUUGAAUGUCCUUAAAAUUGAAUGAAGAUAAAGUUAACAACGAAAAAAAAAAGCAAAAACAAAUGAGCGCCAAUAUAUAUAUUUUUGUUGUGUAUAUAUCAAACUGUAAUAACACAGUGCCACUUUUCAAUAUCUGCUUAUUACUUAAAAUGCGAAUGCUGAGAUAAUUGUUAAAAGCCAUUCAAAUAAAUUAACAGAAUGUUUUUUUGAUUUGCUUUCCUUUUCUUGCGAACACCUGGCCAACUUAUCAACAGACGAAACUAUCAUUUCAGCUAAAUCACAGCAGCACUGAGUUUUAAGCACUUCAGAAAAAUUGCACAAAAUUAUCUCACAUUUCAGCCUUGGAAUAACCCAUUUUAGCUCAUAGGUUUGCUGUUAUAUUGGCGGUUUUAGCUGUGGGUUUGAUCGAGCAGGCGCCUGAUGCUUUAUUGUGGGCUUGAUGUCAUAAGUAUGUUGAAUCUGACCUUAUGUCCUAAUGCAGUAUUGCAUUGCAUAAAACUUUACAAAGUGAAAAUGAAGGCAAACCUGUUCGCAAAGUGUUUUUUGGAAUCAUUCCAUUCGUUUGGAGGAGUGCAAACAUGAUUUUUUUUCCGGUAUGUACAGUAUGUAUGUGUGAUCGGAAUCAGUUAAACUCACUAAAUCGCAGUAUUUCUUCGGACUAAUGUAUGUCGCCAAAGGUGGAGGUGGAGCUGAUGUCUGUUCAAAUGAAGCAUAUGGUAGAUUUUCAACCUCUGUCCAAACAUGACAAAAAAAGUGAAUGACAAAAGUUGUUCUGUAUGUGACAGUAUGCUGUGCAUUAAGUAAUUAUAAUAAAAAUAGAUCAUGUUUUCUUGACAAAAGACCUUUCGAGUGUCAAGGCUAUUGUUUGGGGGAGGGGGGUGGCUAUUAUUUGUGGGGCAAGUAAAGCACAUUUUGUAACCCAUUACAGAUUUUAUAUUGUUAAACAUCUAAUCCUUGAAAUGGUAUUUGCACUUUCAUAAUCUUUACUUGAUACAUUCCCAAUUUAUAUGGAAAAUACAAAUGUGUGAUGUUUGGCCAAUGAAUUGGACCGAUUUGAGUGUGAAUCUUAAUAAAGUUGCUAAGACAA